AUGAACAUUCUCUUAGUAUUAAUAUUUUUUAUUAUCUUUAUGGGAUUUUCUUUCCACCGCACCCAUUUACUCUCUCUUCUAUGCCUGGAAGGAAUAAUACUUGUUAUCUUUAUCGGCCUAAGUUUAUGGCCCAACCAAUUAACUUAUUCAUCCUUUGUAGCCCCCCUAAUUUUACUUACUAUGUCAGCCUGUGAGGCAGGGCUGGGCUUAUCUUUAAUAGUAGCUACAUCUCGGUCUCACGGAAGCGAUAAUUUAAAAAAACUCUCAGUCUCCUCCAGUGCUAGUUAUUAUCCUUGCCUGAAUUUCAAUAUUUCCCUCUGCUUUCUUAACUCCGAGUAA